GAAAUUAGCUUUUGGCUAUCAGCUAUUCAGCUAUCAGUUCAGCUUUAUAACUAUCAGUGUUUGAUCAGCAAGGACUGGACCACAGAAUCUGGGAGAAGGUUCUAAUUCUGGCUGGGUAGUAAAUGCAACCCACCGAAUAUUCAGCUCCACCCUGCAGGUCACAGACAGUGGCCAAUGUGAUCACCAUGCAGGAAGCUUUCAGCUUUCAGCAUUUAUAUAGCUGCAUGUGGUGAAUGGAUGGAUCAACAUAAUAAUGCCUAUUUUUUAUGUAUAAGGCCAACACAACUGCACAUGUGCAGAUUCUACAUAAUAUUUUUUACAUAAAGGGUUAUUUUGUGAAACAUAUCUCUUUACACUUCGAGCUGAAAAUCCCUUCAUUUGAGGGCAUUGUUGCUUCAAUUCAGCAGAAAUCUCUCUGUAAGUUUUUCCAGUCAUAAUCAUGGCUUUUAUAUCCUCCACACUAACAGACUCCAUGAUGUUAAACGUACACGUGUAGCUGCAUCUAAGAAUAAUUAUGACGUCAGUAGGUCAGGGGAUCUAGUCGAGUCUGCGCAUGCUCUACUUUGGCCACAUGUGCAAUGCCAUUUUUUGGUCACAUGUGCAACGUAUGGUACGCGGUGUGUGCGAUGUCUCUUCUUUUCUCAAUCACGAAGGACGAUAGAACAAUCAAACUAAAGCCGACACAGUUGUCUACUGAAACAAUGGGUAAAGUGUUCAAUCUGUCAGCAGACAGUAUCUUUUUGAUAGGAGACGAUGGUACCGUGGCCACAGCAGAAGAUGGGAACUUCAACUCACAACCUAUUCAACCCAAGUUCUCAAAAUGGAAGCCUCAAGGAUCCAGCUUAAAUGCUCCAUCUUCCCUUUCUCUAAAGAAACCAGGCAGCUCGAAGGCAUGUUGGACAAAGAGUGUGGAAAUCUGCUCCUACGACAAGUCGUACGAUUCUAUCAAGAAAAAGUUCAACUUGCCAAUCAUUUUAACUGAAAGUACGGCAAGUGUGUCACAGAUAGUUGGGAUUGUGUCAGCUGAGGGAUUUGAAGGAGAUUCUGUCAUUAUUCUAGACUCUCAAAACCUAAGGAUACCGGACAGCAAUGGAACCAAAGGUACCGGUAUAUAAUUAUGUCAUCAUCAUUAAUCAGAGUGUCAUACAGGGGGAGAGAAAUAAUAGUUGGUGCUAAUCACAUGAUCUCCAGCCAAUCAGUUGAAAGUAGUCAGGUGACCAUGGAUUAAAUAACUUAAUCCACACUUAAGUGUGCUUUAAGUUAGUUUGUUAAUGCACACUUUUUAUCAAAAUCAUAAUACAAGCAGAUUGAAUCUGAAUGUCAUAAUAAUAAUACAAGCAGAUUAAAAUGU